AUGAUCUAUCCCCUAAAUCGUUCACAGAUCUUAAGACUGGAACUAGACACAUUCGUCUGCACUCUACCCAUGAGUGCAAUCGCAACGAUUCUGCAAGGGUCGAGGAAAGAGGGUUCAACGAGCGCUGAGAAAAUACAAAUUGAUCGAACGACAUUGCUGGAAGAGCUCGGAAAAGUAGACCAAGUGCUGCUAGCUCACCUCCGGAUAGGCAAUGGCCGCAUGGCAGUUCUGGGCAGAGCCCUUCAGGAAGCUCCGUUUCCGAACUUGAAAGAACUCCACUUCUCGGGUAACGCCAUGGCAGUCGAAAGCUUAGCAAGUCUCGCCGGAGCUCUGGAAAUGGGCCACCUGUCAGGCCUGAAGCUCUUAGACCUGUCUAAUAACAAGAUCGGAGAUGAAGGCUGCAAGAUGCUAUGCAAACAUCUGCCUCUGAAUUCAGUGCAGACAUUACUCCUGAGCGACUCUGGGAUCGGAAGCUCUGGGAUUGAGGCACUGGGAGAAGCUCUUGGAAAAUGCGAGGUCUCCUCCGGUCUCAGAAGUCUAGAUUUGUCAUAUAAUCACAUGGACUUAGAAGGGGCCGAGGUCAUCGCGCGAUGUCUUGAAUCAGGUCAUCUGGCGACGCUGGAGAUCCUGAACCUUUCAAACACUGCGCUUGGCGAUGGCGGAAUCAAGGCUAUAGGAUCAGGGUUCGCAGGAGGGAAGGUGCCGGCUCUCAGAGAGCUGAAUAUGUCUUCGAACCUGGAGAUUGAAGGGACAGAAGGUGUGAUGGCCAUAGGUGCAGCUUUCGAAGCGAAGCACUUGAAUUCGUUGGCUGCCUUCUACUUCGGCGGUAACGCGAUCGGUGAAAAGGGAUCGCUUCUUCUCGCAAAGGGCUUCGAGGCACAUUCCAUGCCCGAAUUGGAAACGUUGAGUCUUUGGGCGACGUCCAUGGGAGAGGACGGAAUGAAAGAAUUGGCAAGGCUGUUGCAGCAGGGAACAUUUCCCAAGGUCACAGAUAUCAAUCUCGACGGAAACGUCGUCACAAGAAAGAGCGCAGAGGCAUUUGUGCAUGCCUUCCGGCAGAACCCAAACCUGAUGGCUAAAUUACACAUGGACUGGCCAUCUGAGUGUUUCCAGAAGAGAAUGGACCUGAGCUCGAGAAAUAAUAUCACCCUGUCAUUGCACAAAUGA